CGAGGUCACGUGAGGAGGCGCGGGGUGGCUGACGGGAGCUGGCUGGGCUGAGGGCCGCGGGGCCGGCGCCCGCCGCGAGCCAUGGGGCUGCCGGCCGCGUAGGGGCCAUGCCGCCCGGGCCCCGGGCCUGUCCCGCUCCGCGCCGGGAUGGUGAACCUGGCGGCCAUGGUGUGGCGGCGGCUCCUGCGGAAGAGGUGGGUGCUCGCCCUGGUCUUCGGGCUCUCGCUCGUCUACUUCCUCACCAGCACCUUCAAGCAGGAGGAGAGGGCAGUGAGAGAUCGGAAUCUCCUCCAGGUUCACGACCACGAUCAGCCCAUCCCAUGGAAAGUGCAGUUUAACUUGGGCAACAGCAGUCGGCCCAGCAACCAGUGCCGGAACUCCAUUCAAGGGAAGCACCUCAUCACGGAUGAACUUGGUUACGUUUGUGAGAGGAAAGAUUUGCUGGUAAAUGGCUGCUGUAACGUCAACGUCCCUGGCACAAAGCAGUACUGCUGUGAUGGCUGCUUGUCCAAUGGCUGCUGCAGCGCCUAUGAGUACUGUGUCUCCUGCUGCCUGCAGCCCAACAAGCAACUUCUCCUGGAGCGCUUCCUCAACCGGGCAGCUGUGGCAUUCCAGAACCUCUUCAUGGCAGUCGAAGAUCACUUUGAAUUGUGUUUGGCUAAAUGCAGGACCUCGUCCCAGGCGAUGCCAAAACAAACAGACAGUUAUUGCCCUUGCUGCUCCCCGCCAUCAGCCAAAGGUCUCCAUGAAUUAGAACCUGAAAAGCCUGCUCCAUCCGUAAGAUGGGGGCCUUCACCCAGCGCUAUGAGAUGUCUCCCCGCCAGUGUCACCCAACCAGGAAGGGGUGAGUCAGAGGCUGCCCUCCCGGCUCUCUCGGAUUCCAAACUCCUGGCUCUUUCCUGCUCAGCCAGCUCCCCUCCGGAAGGAAGCUCUGCCCAGAAACAUGCCCGGUUGGCAUUGCUCAGCCUGGGAGCCUCGGUUGGCCCGAAUCCCAGUGCCACCCACGCUGCCCUUCUUCUGGGCCAUAAAGAUCCUCUCCUCUCACCCCUGCCUGGCCCUGGCAGGUAGAACAGCGAGACCACCCCAGGUGGUGCUCUCAAUAACGCUUCCUGACAGAGGGCGGCUGCUCUAGCCCCUCAUCUCCAUUAUCCUCUACUUUGUGGCUCUGACUGGAAUCUUCCAAAUCCAGAUGGGCAAGGAAGGCGGAGCUGUGACUCCAUGGCCGUGGGCUCCCGGGAGCUCCCAGGGAAAGCUUUCCCUAGCAGUCCCCUCAGAGCCUGUGGAUUCUCGCUGUGAACAGUCCAAAACCCAGCCCUGCCUUCAGAGAACCCUGGGCGUGAGUGAGGGUGGGGGGGUGAGUUUAGCGGUAGCCCAGGCUGGCCGUUGGCUCCCUGUCCCCUGCGUGCCGUGAGAGGGAGAUGGGAAAGGAGCAGAAGUCAGGUCGGAGUCAGGCAUUUCCAGGGACAGUUCUGCCCCCAGAGGGGAUCAGUUUUUCCUCUUUGGGGGCAACCAUGCACCCACCACAAUUUGCUUCUUUCUUUUUCUUUAUUACUUUUUAUUUGAAUAUAAUUUUGGGCUUACAGAAAAGUUGCAAGAGCAGAACAAAGAAUUCCCAUAUACCCUUCACCUGGAUUCUCCAAAUGUAAACGCUUCAUCACAUUUGCUUUAUUCUUUUCUGUUUCUCUCUAGAUAGAUAUAUAGGAGAGAAAGAUGUAUUUUUUUUCAGAACCGUUUCACAGUAAGCUGCAGACAGAACACCUCUUUUACCUCUAAAUACUUCAGCGUGUAUUUCCUAAAAACAAAUGACAUUCUCUUACAAUAUGAUAUCUUACAAUGUAAUUACCAAAAUCAGGUAAUUAACACUGAGACAGCAUUAUAAUCUAAUCUACAAACUUUAUUCAGAUCUUGCCAUUUGUCCCUAGAAUGUCCUUUAUAACAAAAGGAAACUCUGAACCCCAUAUGGCAUUCGGUUGUCAUAUCUCUCAGCCUCUUUCAAUCUAGAAGAGUUCCUUAGUUUUUCUUCUUUGAAGACAUUGACGAUUUUUAAGAGAAGUGGUCAGUUAGUUGUAGAAUGCCCCUCAGUUUUGGUUUGUCAGAUAUUUCUUCAUGAUUACUUUCAGGUUAUACACUUUCAACUGGACGAUCACAGAAAUGUCCUGCAUUCUUCUCAAGGCCUCCUUAACAAUUUGCCCCAUUCUGGUGAUGGGGUUAACUGUGAUCACUGGGUUAAGGGGUGCCUCUAUAUUUCAAAGCUAAAAACAAAUAGAAAAGCUUGAAUUCUAGUCAUACUCUCUCUAACUCCCAGCUCAGAAGCCACAAAACCCCCCACCACCAAUUUGUUUGCUUACUCAGAAAAAACUUAACGUAUCAGUUAUCUAUUGCUGCAUAAGAAACCAUCCCAUGACACAGUGGCUUAAAAUAACAGCUAUUUUAUUGCUUAUGAUUCUGUGGAUCAGGAAUUCAGAUGGGGCCCAGUUCUUCAUCUUAUGUGGCUGCACUCUGCUGGGAUCUUGGCUGGGGCUAAAAGAUCCAAGAUGUCCUCCCUCAUCUCUUUGGUAGUUGGUGUUGGCUGUCAGCUGGGGUGCUUGGUUUUCCUCCGUGUGGCCUUUCCAGCAGGAUAGCUUGGGCUUCUUGACAUGGUGAAAAUAGAAGCUGCAAGGCCUCUGAGGGCCAAGGGCUGGAAGCUGACCAGCCUAACUUCUGCUGUGUUCUAUUCUGAGGCCAGCCCAGAUUCAAUCAGAGGGGAGAUAACCCUGCCUUUGGAUGGGAGCAGGGGCAAUGCUGACUGCAAAAGAGCAUGUGAGAUGGGAUUUGUUUGCUCAGCCAUCUUUGGAGAUAGAGCACACCAAGGGUGCCUGCUUACUCACCCAGAAUGUACAAGAGAGCUACAAAUGAGGAACUGGGCAGUCGCCUUGGCUAUGCCUUUCCCAGGGGAGUAUCAGUCCCUAGGCUUGGAAUGUUUCGUUUUCACUCUCCUUUUCAAUUCUGUGCGAUUCCAGAAGCCUUUCCUGGGCAUCUGUUAUGUAGCGAUAGAUAUGGAGCACCUACUGUGUAUGCAGGGCUCAGUGCUGAGGAUCGAGGCAUGAAACUGAGUUAGUCCUCGAUCUCUGGGAGCUCAUCCCCUAGAGAUAAAACUGAACUAUAAACGAACCUUUGCAGGUGGUUGUCAAGAAUGUGGGUGUGUGAAGGGUGGACUCCAGAGAAAGGAGGGGCUAAGUGUGGCUGGGGGCACUGGGGAAGGGACAUAGAAGAGACCAUGCAAGAGCUGACUCGUGAAGAAGGAGCAGAUGGGCAGGCCAGGCAGAGGGGGCAGCCUAGGGUGGGCGGUGGGCGUGUUGGGGAAUUACCCCUACCCAGGAAUGGCUGUCAGCAAGGUAUAGUGGGGCCCAGGGGAGAGUGCAAAGAGAUAAGACUAAGGGGUGAUCACGGACUGGAGUCUACAACCUCCAAUGCUGGUGUUUCUACCUCCUUCCCUUUCUUCCGUCAGAGUGUUUGCCAGCCCAGGUCUAAGUCCUUAACCCUGUAGAUGCAGUAGAAUCUCCAUUCAAUACAGACACGGGAUGGGACAAGUGAGGAAGGGGGAGAAGACUCUGUAGAGAAACUUCUUUCAUCUACAUAACUAAGAGCUGGGAAAAUGACAGAGCAAAUGCAGUCUUGGAGUUUGGAAUGGGGGAUGAGAGAAUGGGGGAAAGGAGGGCACAACUUGCAUUUGGUGCUGCUGUGGGGUUUGGACUCCAUACAGUAAGGAUUUGAUUACUAUUUGAUAGCUAGGCGGCAGUUCUUUGCAUGCAGCUAAGUCAUAGAAGGAGCCAUAUGGGAAGCCAUAAUUUAUAUGGGUUACAUAUUUUUAUAUACAUGCACCAACAGUCAUGAGGGAGGUCACAGUUUUAAAAGGAAUGUAUUCUUGAAAAUCUUUACAUAAUUAAAACCUCAACGAAUUCAAGCGUAGCCCUGAAAGGGGUGGCGAGCCUGUCUGUUUAUAUCCAUUAAAAUGUCUCUAACACAUGGCCGCUAUGCGCCACCGGUUAAAUUUCACUCAAGCCAUUCGGCUUUGAAAUGAUGCAAUUACUGAUGCCUUUUUUUUAAACUGGGAAGAUUUGCAUGAUUCCACAUUUUGCACCUAAAGGGAGGCUUUAUUUCAUACAUAUUUUUAUGUUGCAGUAUUUCUUAUUUCAUAUUCUCUCUCUCCCAUGUUAGACCCUCCCUCACAUAGAAGGGAAGACAUUGCAGUAGGGUGGGUGUCUUGGGAAGAAUCCUGUGGUUAAGAGGGGACCUCUGAGGGUUUCUGGUGCCUCCCUCAUCAUGAAUGAGACAAUAGAGGCUUGGCAGGUUUUGUUUCCAAGAUGCUACAGUGAAAGGCAAUGAAAGGUAACAGGAAAAUCCCUCACUUGAACUCAGACAUGUGGGCCGAUUUUCCUGUUCCGGCCAAAUAACAUAGCAGUGGAGAACUUGGGUUUUGUAGUCUCUGCCACCUGCUAGCUUUCUGACCUUGGGCAAGGCAUUUUUCACCCCUCUGAGCCUCAGUUUCCUCAUCUACAAAAUGUGGUUCCUAAUAGCCACCUGAAGGUGGAGAUAAUAGGUAACAUGGUUCUUCGCACAGGGCCAGACUCAGUAAAUGCUCAGUACCAGGUAGCCGUCACGCUUACCGCUUACCGUUACAACAUCACCUUGGCCUGUGCCUUGCUUAUCUGUUUACUUUGGUUUCCCAGCCAGACUGUGACUCCCUGAGGGCUCACUGGUGUUUACAGUCCCAGCCCAGUGCACAGAGCCGACCCAGGGAAUGCGGGAUGUCUGCAGGACUCCACACAAUGCACCCCGCACAAUACGGUGCAGGGAGCUGUGGGGUGGGUUCCAUAUGCCCUUGGGGAUCUUUUCCUUCUUCCUUCAAACUGCAAUCCCAGGAGCUUCCUUGCUAUCUCUGGGGGUAGGAGGGGAAGCAAUCCCCACCUCCUCCCUUUCUGGUGAGAUGUGGAACCCACGUUUCUCUGUGCCCCACCCUUCCACUCAGGGGUAGAUGGAACACACUGGUAAACGUCUUUUACCCCCAAGCACUGGGGACUCAAAGGGGCAGAUUUGCAUUUUAAACAACCACUGAGGAGCAAGGGCAGUGCUAAACACAGAGAAAGUGCUCACUAAUGCUAAUGGGCAACUAUCGAGGGAGACUUUCCUAAAGAGAAUAAUCUCCUACCUGCUCAACCUACAGAGGGCUGGUGCUGUCAGCACCCUAAGUAUUGGUUUCUGUCCCCUAAACAAAAGUUGACGGAGACCAGAACUUGGAGAGGAAAGAAAAUAACUUUUACGACACCUAUUUCAUCUCUGACUUCGAAUCUUGCCGAAUCCCCCAACUCCCAGCAGUAUGACCUCCACUUUGCAGAUUAGGAAACUCCUGCUCAGAGAGGUUAAGUGACUGGUUGGAGAACACACAGCCUACAGGCUGCAAAGCUGGGAUCCAGACCUGAUCUGUGCCACACCAAGGCCAGUGUGCUUUCUUGCAUCUUUCCCUCAGGCAGAGGCCAUGAGGCCAACUCAGAGGAAUGGAAUGUCUGACAUUCAUGGGCCUCUCUGACUCCCCCAGAAGCUCCUGGGGGAUCUUGACUCAUGUGCAGGAAGUCAGUCCCCUCAGCCCCAGCCUGCCUCCUCCCCAAAUCCACCAGAUGUCUCAGCAUUCUCAGAACCCACCUUGUACUCCUCGUGGUGCUUUGGUACACACUGUUCCUGAGUCUGGUUUUCCCUUUCCCCACCCCUUUUGCCUUGAAAACUCCUUUACCUCCUUAAUGAUCCAGAUCAAGUGUCUCCCUGACCCUACACAUAUAACUCACACCCUUAUUUUUUCUCCCAUUCAAGCAAGGCUUCCAUGUACCUUUGUACAGGUUGUGCACUGCACAACUCUAGAGGCACCAUUUGCAAAGAUCACAGUGGUAUUUUCUGGAUGCUCCUUUAUAUGAGUUGUAAUAAUGUCUGUUUGUGGCUCUAAAUCUGAGGGUAAGGAUGAAGUCGUGAUAGGCACCACACCCAGUGCCUAGUACAGGGCCUACUGCUUAACAAAUGUUGAAUAGAUGAAUGAAUGAAUCUUACAAGAUACAACUCUUAAUGUACGGAGACCACAAACAUCCCAGUACUUGCCUUUCCAAACAAGUGUUUCCCCUGCCACAGUCAUCUCUCCAGGGACUUACUCUCUUAUUCCAGGAAAGCUCUCAAUGCUUAAAGCCCUUUUGGAACUCCUCUCUAGGGAUUUCCUUCAGAGCCAGGCUCCAAGCCAUGCAAGUCAUCCCUGCUCGUUAUUUUGCAAUCACGGAUCU